UGAUGCAGGGAAACAAGAGAUUACAACAACUGACUGCUAGUCUCUCCUCAGAGCUGAGAGGGCUCACAGACACGGAGGACAGUAAUGAGUACUGCUGUGAGGUUGGCCGCAGGGUCCAAACACAAACACCCUCUACUUCACUACUCCUGGAGCAGUACUUCCACCAUAUUGAUGCGAGCCCCAUCUUGCCUCACUGUGAGCAUGUUGUUGUUGGAGGGGGUGCUACCUCUACUCCCCUCCCUUGCCACGUUGUUGGAGAGGGUGCUACCUCUACUCCCCUCCCUUGCCGUGUUGUUGGAGGGGGUGCUACCUCUACUCCCCUCCCCCUACCCUGCUCUGGUCGAGUCUCAGAGACCUCUGUACAGCUCAUUAUAGAUACCAUUGAGACCCCCUCACUAUGCAGACCUAGCAAGAAGCUCAAGACCACCAUAAAGAAGCCACACAAAGCAGUGCCCUCAGGGCGUAAGGUGUUCAGAGAAAUGCUCCACAAAGCCAAAGUUCUUAACUCUCGUUUCAAGAACAGCAGACCCCCAAAGUCUCCUCCCCCUGGACACUGUCUACUGGCACAAGAGUGGGCCAAGCAGAGCUUCCAUUACAACCCUAGCCAUCCUAACAACCAUUAUCCGAGGGACUUCUUGCUACCCAGUGUACAAACAAUAUCAUGA